AUGCGUGGAUCCCCGGUUGCGCGGCGCUUCUGGAUCGCGGGCUGCCUGAAGCGUCGAUUGCCAGAGCACAGCAGCACUGGUAAUGUGAAUAGCCUAGGCAUCGCAUUGGCGGCGCUGGAAGCGGCUGGCGAUUCCAGAGACGUGGAUUUGGGGAGUAAGAUCCACGCCGAUGGGAGCCAGUGUGAGGCAUGGAGCAGCAGCAUUUACUUCUCCGGCAUUCUCGUCAAGAUGUAUGUUCGGUGUGGAAGCUUGGCUGCUGCGAGCGAUGCCUUCCACAGCAUGAGACUGGCACACGGUUCCGCCAAUGUGAUGGUCGCCUGGAAUGUUUUGAUGCUGGGCUACGUGGAGAAUGGGGAAGAAGAGAAAGCUCUCCAGCUCUUCGAUUUCAUGCGAUCACAAGGUGCUACUCCAGAUGCGAGGACGUUGCUGGCAGCGGUCAAGGCCAUCACUUUGCGAGCAGCAAAGGAAACUGGAGACAGUCUAGGCAUCAAACUCCGGGGAUUGGACGAUGCCAUGACUCUCCACUCUAGCGCCAAAGGAACUUGUGAGUUGGAUGUUUUCGUGGCGAGCUCACUCAUGGAUUUGUAUGGCAGGUGUGGAAGCAUGGCGGACGCUCGCAGGGUGUUCGACCGGAUGAAGAACCACGACUUGGUGUCGUGGACAGCUUUGAUCCUGGGCCAUGUCGACAAUGGAGACGGCGAGCUUGCUCUGGAGCUUUUCUCGUGCAUGCAAGCGCAAGGCUCGUGUGUUCCGGACGCUCGAGCGUUCGUGGCAGCGCUCCAGGCUUGUGGCAGCAUUGCUGGGGAAGAGGAAGGCACUGUCAGCUUUCUGGACUCUCUCAACGAUAGGAAGGUCGUAAAAUGGAAGUCCUUGCAGCUGGGAAUGGCCAUCCACUCGCAGAUGGCAAGCCAGGGACUAGACACCGAUCCUUACGUGACAAGCAGCUUGAUCGACAUGUACUCAAAGUGUGGAAGUGUCACCGAGGCCAGGAAGGUGUUUGACAGAAUGAAUUGCCCGACUGUGGUGUCUUGGAACGUCAUGAUAUUGGGAUACGUAGAAGAUGCCCAGGAAGAGGUUGCCUUGGAGCUCUUUGAGGCCAUGCAACACAGGGGAUAUACACCAGAUGCAAGAACUUUUGUUGCUGCUUUCAAGGCAUGCUCGAGCUUAGCAGCUACUGAAAAGGGAGCGCUAGUCGAUGGCAGGAUGGUCAAGUCAGGGUGCUUGCAGAGAGCCAGUUCAGUCCACAGGAAAGCUGCAAGCCGCGGCUGUGAUCGGGAGGCUUUCGUGGCGAACUCUCUGCUGGAUACUUAUUGCAAGUGUGGGAGCGUCGAGGACGCGGUGAGGGUGUUCGAGAAGAUGAAACGCCGGGAUGCUAUCUCUUGGACAGUGCUCCUUCUGGGAUAUGUCGAGAGCGGGAAAGCGGAGGCGGCUCUAGACCUCCUGGCUGAAUCGGAGAACCAUAUUACGCCAGAUCCUCCAAUGUUUGUUGCGGCUCUGAAAGCCUGCUCGAGCCUGGCAGCCGGAUCCAAACUUUCCAAGCUGGAAGUUCUCGAGAGAAGCAUGGCUAUUCAUACUCGGGCUCGAAGAUUUGGCUGUGACGGUGACACAUUUGUUGCAAACGCUCUGGUGGAUCUGUAUGCAAAGUGUGGAAGCAUUCUGGACAGCCGUAUGGUCUUCGACAGCAUGCCAAGACACAGUAUGGUGUCGUGGAACUCUCUAGUUCAAGCUUAUGCCGAAAACGGGGAGGAAAAACUGGCCUUGGAGGUGUUUGCUGCCGCUGGAACACCAGACCAUGUAACAUACACGGCAGCUCUCAAAGCCUGCGCGAGCCUUUCAUCCGGAGAAGAAGCGACGCAGAUUGAGGACGGGACGAGUGUGAAGCUGAGGUCGCUGGAGAAAGGGAUGGAACUGCAUUGCGGAGCUUCCAGGCGUGGAUACGAGGUGGCAAACAGCGUUCUGGAUAUGUACGCAAAGUGUGGGAGCCUUGUGGACGCUCGCAGGGUGUUUGACACAAUGCCGUGCUCCAGCAUCGUGUCUUGGAACUCGCUGCUACUGGGCUACGCUGGCAACGGGGAGAGCGAGGUGGCUCUCGGACUGUUUGCACACUUGCAGCAUCAUCACCGGGAGGUGUGUGACGCACGGACUUAUGCCGCUGCUCUCAAGGCGUGCAGUGCUUGCAGCGCGGCCACCUUAGCCAAGUCCAUCCAUGCCGUGCUGUGCAGAGAUGGUCUGCUCGACAUCGGUGACGCGGUGCUCGUCUCUUGCAUGGUGGACGCCUAUGCAAAGUCCGGGCUUGCGUUGGACGCGCAGCAAGUUUUCGACAGCACACAGCAGUCGUUCUGUGUCAUCACUUGGAACGCACUCAUGACAGGCUACUGUGCUCGAGGAGAGAGCGAUCGAGUUCUUGGUGCUCUCCAGAGUAUGAAAGACGAAGGCUUGAAACCCGACGCUAUCACUCUCGUCUCCAUCCUCUCGGCGUGCAGCCACACGGGACUGGUUGAGAUGGCCAAGUCACACUUCGAGGCGCUGGUACGCGGUGCCGGCGGUGAAAGCACAGUGGAGCCCGUUGCUGAGCACUACCACUGCAUGAUCGACACGCUGGGACGAGCCAACCGUCUGGAGGAGGCAAUGGUGCUGGUGGAAAGCAUGCCUUUCACCGCCAGUGGAGUGACAUGGUCGACGCUGCUGGCCGCCUGUUGCAAGUGGAACAAUGUGGCGGUGGGAAAGGCCGUGUUUGAUCGCUUCGUGGAGUCGGACUUUGGCUCCAGGGACUCGGCUGGUUACAUGCUCAUGGUCAAGCUCUAUGGCAGCUCAGGCUUGUGGAAGGAGCAAUCAUUCGUUUUGCAAACCAUGGCAGCCAAGUUUGGUGUUUUCUCUUCGGGCAUUUCGAACAAAGACCGUCGAUGCGGGUCAUAA